UUAGACAUUUAUCCUUGGGGUUUAGUUCCGGAGCGGAUCGUUAUUGAUACGAGUGGCGGCCAGAUAAUUGAUCGAGAAGACAUGAACAUGUACGAGGUUCCGGAGAUACCAGGCUGUCCGCCUGGAUUGGAAUACCUCACUCAGGUAGACCAGCUACUCAUCAAACAAAAAGUUGAGGUGGUUGAAGCUCUGGUGGGAUUUGAGAGCAACAACAAGUACGAGGUGCUGAACUCCGUGGGUCAGAAUGUGUUUUACGCCGUCGAGGAGAAUGACUGCCUGAGUCGACAGUGCUGCGGUCCCAUGCGCCCCUUCUCCAUCCAUGUCUUGGACAACUUUGGACAGGAGAUCAUUACAGUCACCCGUCCACUCAAGUGCAUGUCCUGCUUCUUCCCGUGCUGUCUUCAGGAGUUGGAGGUGCAGGCCCCUCCAGGUAACACGGUGGGGUACAUAAAGCAACAGUGGCAGCCCUUGUCCCCAAAAUUCAUUGUGGCCAAUGAACACAUGGAGCCGGUCCUCAAGAUCCACGGGCCCUUCUGUGGAUGGAGCUGCCUUCCAGAUGUGGACUUUGAGAUCCUGACCAUGGAUGAGGUAAGCAAGAUUGGGAAAAUCAGCAAGCAAUGGACGGGCCUCCUUCGGGAAGUGUUCACAGAUUCCGACAACUUUGGAAUCAAGUUUCCGAUGGACUUGGACGUGAGGAUGAAGGCUGUCAUGAUCGGGGCAUGUUUCCUCAUCGAUUUCAUGUUUUUUGAGACAACUAACUAAGGAGUUGAAAUGUUAUCAUGCAACGCUGCUGGAAGGAACGAGGCCACAAAGUGAGCCGUCCUUGUGUCGCAAAUGUUCUCCGAUCAAUCGUGUCAACAAAGGAACAUUGAAACUUGGAGAUGCAUGGAUGUAAAGAUCCGAACUUUGUUUUAGUCUUUAGCUACAGCAAUUGUUUUUUUUUAUGCUUUUUGGGCUUGUGUUAGCAGCAUCUAUGGACUUUUUUGUUUUUUUAAAUGUCAUUUGGAUGCUUCAGUGAGACUGUAUGGCAUUGUGUUACAUGGUUCUCAAAUUCAAAUGGCGGACUACGUAAAGAAUAUGUAGUCUUUUGAGAGGACUUACUGGGUGUGUAUUUUGUGACUCCACAUUUCUACACUGCUUUAAGUAUUCAUGCUUUAAGUCAACUUUGAAGUGAAAUGUAAACAAUUAUUUUCAACUAACAAAACAUGAUGGGUUUAAAGUGUACGUUUCAGUCUCCUCCACAAGAGGUCACUAUCUUAUCACAUUCCCGAUGAGAGCCAAGUCUGAUUUAUGCCAUUGAGUAUCUAUUUUUGGACAGACUUGGGUUUGAAAUGCAUGCUACUUGAAUUUAGAGUCAGUGAUUGCUCAUUCACUUUUAACUGACUAUGGAUUGUACACUUGAAAUUUAUUCUAAAUAUUUUUUUUGUCUGUUGAGUCACCAUGAAUUCACUGUAUUUAAAGUACAUGUAUUGUAGCAAAAACUCUUGGAAGAAUAGUUACAAAUGUUAAUUACUGAAAUUCUGUGUAUUUAUUUUUUCUACAAAAGUUUUUGUUUGCUUUGUGUUCAGUUAAAUGAAAACUGUGUUUCAUUAUUUAUGUUUUUAUGCCUCUGCUGAGAUUUUUUGGGCAGGUAUUGUGGAUGAAUUUUGCCAUCUGUUACAGUUGUCGGGAACAGUUGGUGGACUAAUUCACUGAAAUAAAUGUGACAAGCAUUCUUUGUUAGGUCAGGCUGCAUGUAUGGUGUGGUGGAUAAUAUAACGGAUGCUGCGCUCCCUUGAGGUCAUUUCUUAAAAACUACUACAUUCAAUGAACCUGAAUGGAAAUGCCAAUUAAAAAAUAUAUAUAUUUUGGA